UAGAAACGUCAUUUACUAGAGUCAAAUAUUAUUAUGAAGAUACGAAAAGUGUCGAAUUUAUUUACACAUUAUUUUACAAAUCAGAACGUCCUGACUAGUCGUAAACGAUUUAGUCAAAAUAUAGUAGAUAUUUCUCGUAAAUCCACUGUUACAGAAAAACUCCAAACAAACACCACAAAGGAUAAUAAGUUCGAAGUUUCUUCGAGCUAUGGUCAAACACAUCAAUCAGUUGUAUUGAAGAAGCCAUUGUCGCAUCACCCAGAUAAAUCGGACAGUAAAAAAGAACUUAAAGAUCUUUUUAAACAUGUAACAGGUCUGUCAGACGAGGUUCUUAAAAUUUCAGAUGAACCAGUGGGACCUGGAGCUGUCAAGAACGGAAUUUACAAAAAUCCUGAAUACUUUAGUUAUCACAAAUAUAGUUUUUAUAACGCAAAGCUGGAAUUGGCAAAAUAUCGUCUUCCACAGCCUUCAAAAAAAGUUCCGUAUUUUCAUGAACUCUGUCCAAUAAAAAAAUAAGUUUUCGCCAUUUCCCAAUAUAGAAGUGAUAUUU